AGGUAUGGCAGUUGGUUGGAUACUAUUUCGAACAAACUGCAAAUUGCGUUUACAUAAACUCACAGUAGCUACGGGAUGGAUAUUAGCAAUGUUAAAUCUUUUUGUAUUAAUAUUUGGACUUUAUCGCGCACAACUAUCUCGACUUAUUGCUGCGGCGUACAGUUCGCUAAGUCAUUCAGCGUGGGCACUAUCACUAGCUUGGAUCACAAUAGCGUGUUCAACUGGAUACGGAGGUUACAUAAACACAUUUUUAUCUGCAUCCUGGCUAUAUCCUUUUUCCAGAGUGACUUAUUGUGCAUACUUAGUGCACCCAAUUGUCAUACGAUCAAUGGCGCUAAAUUCAGAUGCACCACUGCACCUUGGCGGCGACACAAUGGUUGUGAUGUUUUUCGGAUUAGUUGUAGCGUCAUAUCUACUUUCUUUUAUUGUUUCGAUAUCAUUUGAAGCGCCUGUUGUUACUAUGCUGAAAAUAUUGUCUCCUAGUCGAAAGAAGCGUAUCGCUUAACUUAUUGCCUCAGAAUACUCUUCGGAAUAGGAUUAAUGUUCAUUAAAACAAAUUAAAUUUUUUUUGUAAAUAGAUUUAUUCGACUACUUAAAUCAUAAUAUUCUCUCAUAUGUAUAAUCGUGAUAAUCUUAUAAGAACGAAAUCUAUUUAUCAAUCAUUUUCAUUUUUCACUUUAAAAUUUUUUAUAGCUUUACAUUUCUCAUUUAAAUUCUCCGACAAAUAUUAUAUUAUUAAUAAUUUAUUCCAAAGGACACAAAUGCUUGCUAUUUGUGAAUACGACUCAUGUCAUAUGUACUAACUUCAAUUUGAUAUAAAUGCUUUAAUUUAUAAACACAUUGUACAUCUUUGUAAAAUAAAACUUAAAUAAAUAUUUAAUUAAUACAUAAUAUAAGCAGAUGAUUGUUUCGAACGGGCUAAGUAAACGGAAUACAGAGGUUAUAACACAAAAGUUCACAAUAUUUUGUGAUGAAUUGUUAAAGAGACCUGACAAGAAAAAAUAUAUAGAAAUAUAGAGCUAUAAAUAUAAACUCUAUAUAAAGAAGAUUAUGUAUUAGUAAACUCACUUAGAUACAACACAGUCUUUUCUCAGAUGAAUACAAAAAUAAAAAUUUUAGUAACGUGUUGUUGUUGUAAAUUUUAAAAAAUUUACAUUUUUAUACUUUAAGAGGAAAUAUAACUAUUAUUGUUAUUAUGCAUGUACAUCCAUGUUGAGAUUUUUGGUAUUUUUGAAGAUGCAACAAAUUCGAAAUAUGUUUUAAAAUGUUACUGUGCAUUGUGCUUCUGCUGCCCGUUGCUUCUGGAAUUCGACAAAGCGACCGUUUAAACCCUAUAUUGUUCAGAUAUACAGAAAAACUUUGUAUGAGUGAAUUGUUUAUUUUAUAACUUUUAGGAAGACA